AUGUUUCCCUUCGGUCCAUUCCAGCCGCUGCGGUGCUCGAGAGGCGAGGGCAUCGCUUCCCGUGAACCGCUGGCGGAAACCCCGUCUCCCGGGGGAGGGGGAGAGGCAUGCGAGAGGGGAGGCGCAAGCGUGAAUCCGCUCGAGUCGGGGUUGCCCGCGUCGCAUCUACAGCUUGUUCUGGUUGCGGGGGAUACGACGGCCCUUCCGCCUCCAGUAGAGGAACCUUCCGCUUGGCCCUGGACGUGGCAGGAGCGCCUCCGCGCAGUCAAGCGCCGGCGGAUGGAUGCGCGGGAAUGCGAGGGAGCUGCGCACGUUGAAGCUGGGGGGACUGGCGGAGCGCAAGAUUGGGGGAAGUUAGAGGCGGAAGCGGAGGAGGAGAGGCGGCGGAAGCAGCGGCUGGGCAUUCUGAGCGGGAUGCGUCAGAUGCUGGACAGUCCUGGUUUCGCGGCUGCCCGCGGGCAGAAGAAGAGAAGAUUUAUCGUCCGUCAAGGAGGCUUGAGGCACCGCCUGCCGACAAUGCGAGGCACCUCGAGUGCGAGCGCAAGCGGCGACCAAUCGAGCGAGCACACUAACUCCGAGGGGCACGCGGCGGAAGCCGCCAGGGAGGUGGAAAACGCGCGCGCGGCAGCUGAUGUCGCGACACUCGCAACGCACAACGCGGCGCAACUAGCCGUUGGAGGCCGCGUGGGCGCGGCUGGCGGUGUAGAUGCGACCGCCGCGGCGCCGCAUCACGCGCGGGAGCUGGGCUCCAGUGUUGCGACCGUGCGCAUCGGCGGAAGCUCGACCGGGAGAAACGGCGGAAGGAAUGGGGGUGGCGGACGAGGCGGAGAGUACGAGGUGGAGUCAACGCAGUGCGCGGCGGAGAUGGCGGAAGAGGGGUCGGGGUUGGCGGAGCGCGGGGAGGCAGCGCAUCCGAUCUCGUCGCCCUGUUUGGAUGCGGACGAGGCGGAGCGAGCGGGGGAGAAGCGGAAGGCAAACGAGGCGCAGGCUGCAGCGGACGGCGCUGCCGGCCGCGCCCACGUGCGCCGUCGCCAUGGCCUUCCCAGCCGCCUGGGAGGACCCGCUGCUAUGCCAAGCACUGCUGCUCCUGUCGCUCCUCCCGCGAAGGCGCGCUUUGGCAUUGCGCCGCCUGCACUCCCCCGCGCACUCCCCAGCGCACCCAACGCCGCUCUCGCUUUCCCUCUCCUCUCUUCAGACGCUCCCCACCGUUCCCGACCUCCUCUACCAUGCCGAAUCACCCCACGGCUGGCCGAGCCUGUGCAGGCUCGGCAGACCGGACACCCCGUUGCUUCAGGCGCGGCAGCAGCAGCGGCAGCCUCAGCUGACGCAGCAGCGCCCGGCUCAGCAGUGGCAGCGGCAGCAGCGGCAGCAGCAGCGGCGAUUGCAGCGAGUGUGGACUUCCCCCUGUGGGUGCGGCAGCUGCAGGCGUGUGCGGGGGCGGGCGAGGAGGAGGGGCGUGCGUCUGAGUGCACGGGGGAAACACCGGGAUCCAUGCUGGAAGCACCAGAGGUGCAGCCUGAUAUGGAAGGCAGUGGUAGCGGUGGCAGUGGUAGCAGUGGGGAAGGGAGUGGUGGUGAGGAGGAUGGUGAGGUGGAGAGCAGUGGGGGCAGUGGGAGCGGUGGCAGCGGUAGCAGCGGGGAGGGCAGUGCUGGUGAGGAGGAUGAGGUGGAGAGCAGUGGGGGCAGUGGUAGCAGUGGGGAAGGGAGUGGUGACGAGGAGGAUGAGGCAGAGAGCAGUGGGGGCAGCGUGAGAGGGGCCAAGGAGGGGUGUGGAGUAUAG